AUGAGUUUACCAAGGAGUUUACCAAGGAGCGCGAACAGCUGGAACGACAUUGCCUACGAGUUUGCAUUUCACCCGCCCACUGUGAACCAAAUUGCCUACGACUUUGCUAACGAGUUUACCAACACCAAAGCCAGAUCACACAACACUUGGAACAAUUUUGCCUACGACUUUGCUAACGAGUUUACCAACACCAAAGCCAAACCACACAGUAUACGGAACAAUUUUGCCUACGACUUUGCCAACGAGUUUACUGAUUACUUGGCCAAAUCACACAACACUUGGAACAAUUUUGCCUACGACUUUGCCAACGAGUUUACUGAUUACUUGGCCAAAUCACACAACACUUGGAACAAUUUUGCCUACGACUUUGCUAACGAGUUUACUGAUUACUUGGCCAAACAUAAGAUUCUGCAAACGAAUAUACCAACGAAUAUACCAACGAGUUUCCUAACGAUUAUACAGGCAAACAACUAA